AUGACCACGACAGGUCAGCACAGCGUAACCGUGUGCAUCGAUGUGGACAUGGGAAAUGGAAAACUCGAUUCGUCGAGAGAGUCACGUAGUAAUCGACACAUUCCCAAAAUCCCACGGCAGUUUAUUGAGACCGGACGCACACUUUACUCUCGGCAUGAUAACAACUUGACCAAGAAAGUGACCCGUUUGGUGUAUGAUGAGGUGAAAAUCCCUGCUCCCUGGGGUUACAUAUCAGGUCGUUGGUAUGGCAAUCGAACUGAAAGACCAAUCUUGGCAAUCCACGGCUGGCUGGACAAUUUGGGAACCUUUGAACGACUUAUUCCGCUGCUGCCAGAUUACAUAGGAGUGCUCUGCAUUGAUCUUCCGGGACAUGGAAGGUCCUCGCGAUUUCCAGCGGGUGUGCACUAUAACGUCUAUGAUUACGUCUUCAUCAUUCCAAGGGUGAUGAAGGAGUUCGGCUGGUCCAAGGUCUCCUUAAUGGGUCAUUCUCUGGGCGGAGUGAUGAGCUUCAUGUACGCGGCCAUGGCGCCAACCACAGUGGAUUUUAUUAUAUCACUGGAUGUACUACUGCCCCGCAGGAUCGAGGAUCCCAGUAAGCUGUUCAAGGAUAUAGAAGGGUAUUUGGUUGAGGAACGGCGACAGGCGGAUGGCACACAUCCCGAGCCACCAUCCUUUACCCUGAGUAAAAUGCGCAAUGUUCUGGCCAGGAGCAGCAAUAACUCCAUACCUAACAACCUGGCCGAUCACAUGCUCCACCGCCAGGUGGCCAAGUCACAGAUCUACCCGGAAAAGGUGUUCUUUUCGAGGGAUGGACGCGUAAAGUUCUACCACAUAUUCGACAUUGAAAACGGACUGGCUGCGGAGAUGGCGCGGCGUAUUCAAAAGAAACCCUAUCUGGUUAUCAAGGGGUCGCUAUCACCUUUUGUGGGUCCCCGAUGCGACGAGGCCAUUUCCAUUCUGUCCCAAGAUAACCCUCACUUUGAGUUCUACGAGGUGCAGGGCGCCAAGCACCAUGUCCAUCUUCAUGCCGCCGAGGAAUGUGCCCGCUAUAUUGUGCCCUUCAUCCGGAAUCACAGGCCUUCGAAAAGUAGCAAGUUGUGA